AUGUCCUCACAAGAUUUCCAAGGAGAACCAACGCAAUUUGAUACUGCACGGAUGCAAGAAACAUUAAACCUAAAUAAGCCUCUCCAUUUUACCUCGAGAUACUUAUAUUUGACGCUUUGGGGAGAUGAAGUAAAAAAUGAAUUACAAUUUAAGGAAAUCAUAGAUAGAUUAGGAGGAGCCACUUCAAAUAUUCAGUACGCCCACAUAUCUCCAGUGGAAAUGGACCAAGUAAAUCCAAGACCACAUCAGCAUUUAUUAAUAGUAACUAAACGUCCACGUUCCUUUAAUGCAAGACCUAUCAUAAAUCACACUGAUGGGACAAAGCAAUCAUUUUGGUAUUCUAAAGUAAAUUCGUACACCUCGCGCACAGGAGACAUUUCAGCCAUAAUUAAGUAUAUAACAAAAAAAGGAAAUGGCAUGUCAAAAGGUACACCCGAUAACAGAGAAGAAUUGAAACAGACUUGGGUGAAUGCUCUCAAUGACAUGGAUUCUUAUCAAGACUAUAAAGAACUCGAGAAAAACUUGUUGGAUAUAAAUGCGGAGAAGUAUAUACAACAAGAAGGUAAGAUAAAGGCGAGGUGGAUGAGAAAAAAUGCCAGGCGCUUAGAUAUAGAAACAUAUGCAAGAAGUGAUCUCUUUCCAUGGAGAGAAGAAAUGGAAGAAAUACAAUUAAUAAGAAAAUGGCUGAAAUGUGCAUCCGGUAAUAAGUAUAGAAUGGGAAAUCUCUUUAUAGUGGGUCCAACAAAAACCGGCAAAACAGAGUUCGCUAUCCAAGAAAUUUUUAUGAAAUAUCCCACUUUCAUGCUCCGAGGAGAUUCUCUUUUCGAUUCUUACGACGAAGAAGAACAUUAUAAAUUCAUAUUAUUCGAUGAUAUCAAUUACGAUAAAUCUCUUAUACGUUUAAUAAAAGCAAUUACCUCCUCUAUAAAUAAAAAAACAAUGGUCAAUAUAAAAUAUUCCAAAGUUAUAGUAACAGCAAGACCAUGCAUUCAUUUAUUGAACCAAAAAGAAUAUGAAGGUGUUAUAGAAUUAAUGAAGUAUAAUGGUGGUUAUAGUUGGUGGAGACAUAAUUCACUAACAGUAUUUAUAGAUAAAAAAAUGUAUAAAGAUCCCAACGAAUCUGAAAAAUCAGAAGAAGACAUGGAACGCAAAGAAGACAAUUAUGAUGCUGUAAAGGAUCUUGAAGAAAAAUAUGAAGAAAUAAAAGAAAUUUCGGAAGAACAAUUAUCAGAAACAAAUAAUACAAUAGAACAUUUACCAUUCUAUACAAGAGUAACCAAUUUAAUGGAAUCUUUAGGCUAUGAUGAAGAGUUCCUAGAAAAUCUGAAUGAAAAAUUUAAAGAAGCUAAAAAGGAUAAGGGCCUUAAAAAAAUACUCAAUGAACCGCAAGAAAAUAACGAGAGUAUGGUAGAAGAAUGGAAUGAAGAAGUCGGAGAAUAUCAAUCAGAAAAUCCUCUCGGUAUGUCAAGAGACGACUUCAGACAUUUCGAAAAAGAAACCAUGAACAAAUACGAAAGGGAAAGAAUGAAUUAUUUCAACAGAAAAACGAACGAAGACAGUUCUAUGGAAGAAGAAGAAGAAGACUACUCAGACGAAUUACCAUUAGAACACGCGCCUUUUGGAGGGAAAAACGACGACAUGGACAUAAUUUAUGAUUAA